AAUUUAGUCAAAGACUAGCAAGCGCUUGUGGCAGAAACAUCGCACAGAGUUGGUGCUCGCUCUCGUCAGCGAGAGCUGAAUUUCACAGAAACGCGCGACGUGUGCUUCACUUUCGACGUUUGACGCUCAGAGAUCGCGCGAGCUCUUUUCCUAGGUUUAUUUUUUUCACCGUGCUCGAGGUCGCGAUCGUGCUGCGGAUCGAUGGAGAGUGUGACGUACGAGUGAGUGUCCGUGAGACUCCAGCCAGUGCGACGGCGGCUUUCGUGUUUACGACGGAGUCACAAGUUACGUCUCUUGAUGAAACAAAACGGGACUAUGUGAAACACAUUUCGCAAUCAACGGCAAUAAUUGUUAGCAUUAAUGAGCUUUGAGAAAGCCGCAAGGGGACCGUUAGAUUUAAGCUGCAAUCCAUAUUUGUCAUUCUCGGCGAUGUACUAGUCGCUCUCGUGAUGUGUGAACAAAAGGUGCCGGGACAUGAUUGUUUGUUGUGAGUGACUGCCGAUACCACCGGUGCCGUGUUACAAUAACGAUUUUCGUGGAUAAUGAUUGCGAUUGUUAGAAGGUACUCUGAGAUUUAAAGAGUAUUUUCGAAGAGACCGAAAAUAAUCUGGAAAUAUAAAAAAAAAUAGACAUCAUCGAAGUGGUGAAUGUCUCCUGCGGUCUGACGGGAGUUAGUGCGUUCCAGUGAUAAUCCGUAUACAGUGUUGAUCGAGAAUAGGCACGUCAGGGAGUCAACGAUCAGCGGUGAACGCUCGAUCGACUCUAAAGAAGACAGUUAUCGAAGUCGCCGCGACGAUGCGGCGGAUCUAAUCCGCGAGGCGCUCGCAAAUUCCGUUGAUCCCGUUAAAGUGGGUUGUCUAUUCGGGAAGCGUACGAUAAUCGUACGAUGAUGCCGCUCGCGCCGACGCCAAUCGUCCCGGUGCCAUCUAAGCCGAAGAUCGGCUUUAGCAUAGACUCGAUAGUUGGCGGCGGUGGACAGGGCGGUCGCGAGGAUCGUCUGGACCGGCUCGAGCGGGUCGAGAUCGAGCGCGACGAUGGCAGCCCGAUGGAGAUAGUCGAGGGCUCUUCGUCGCCACGGGCGCGCCGGGCUGCCGCGAGAUCGCCCGGCGCUCACUCCGAAGGUUCCGAUCGGCCUGUCUCCAGGAGCUCGUCCGUCGAAUCAUACCCGAAUUCGCGAAGAACGCCAUCGCACGCCGCCGGCGGCGGCGGCGGCCAUCAUCAUCAUCACAGCGCUAAUCAUCACAGCCAUCCGCACUCUCAUCAUCAUCACAACCUGUCCGCAACGACGCAUCUGGAUUUCGGUCGGACGACUGUGCACAGUCACAGCGGUGGGUCUACCCCGAACAAUAGUCCCAGUCCGCCGCAUAGGAUACCGCAUGGAGACUCACCGGUUGGCGCGCAUCCUCAACCACCUCCGGGAGUCGUGAGGCCCAGUCCGAACUACCUCGCGCCACCGCGCGCCGCGACGGCUGCGGCCGUAGCCGCGGAACAGCUCAAGUCUCUUUAUGGAUUGCCAGGCCACAGUCCGGCGGGUCCGCAAACUGGUCAGAACGAGUAUCACACGCAGCAGCAAUUGGCCCUGGCCGCGAAUCUGGCCGCGGCCCAGCACUUCCAGGCGGCGAAUCUUGCGGUAGCGCUCCAGGCGCAUCACGGCGCGUCACCUCAUGGACCGCCGCAUGGGCCUUAUUCGCACGGCGGAGCGCCGGGCGGGCCUCAUCCGCCGCCCCAUCCUCAUCAGCCGCCCAGGGACAGCUACCCUUUGUAUCCUUGGCUGCUCUCGAGGCACGGCAGGAUCUUCCCGCAUAGAUUUCCGGGAGGUCCUGAUAUACCUGGUUUUCUACUUCAACCCUUCAGAAAACCGAAGAGAAUAAGGACUGCCUUCAGCCCGAGUCAACUAUUGAAGCUAGAACACGCUUUCGAGAAAAAUCAUUAUGUCGUCGGCGCGGAAAGGAAGCAAUUGGCUCAAGCGUUGUCGUUGACGGAAACACAGGUGAAAGUGUGGUUUCAAAACCGGAGGACAAAACACAAACGGAUGCAACAGGAGGAAGAGGCUAAGGCUCAGCAACAAUCGGGCGGCGGGGGCGGUAACGGCGGUGGCGGUGGUAAUGGAAACGGCAAUAACAACAGCAACAAUAAGAACACGCAUCACGUCAGCAAAUGGCAGCAGGAGACCGGUGACUACCAUCACGAGGAAGACGAGGAGGAGGAGCACAUCGAUCCGGAAGCCGAGGAGUGCUCGAGCGGCUCUGAAGCGUAGCUAGACGUUCUCUGCCUGGAUUAGGUUCCAGGAAUGCAUGGAAUAUCCCGAGUGGAGCUCCGAAAGAGCCUCCGUUUGAGGUGGGACCUGUUUGAGAGAUCGCGCGAGACCGACGCGACCGACUUAGACCGCGCGCGGUUCGGAUUUUCUCGCGACAUUGGCUGCGUAUCGAGAAAUUGACUUCGCCGUGCGCGAACGAGGCUAUCGGUUCGCGACUGUGUUAAUCUUCGAGAAGCAUGGAAGACAAGUAGUAGUGAGUGAGAAUUUCCACGAGUAAGUUCCAUCGAAAUCGCGGCGCGAUCACGACAGAAUCACGGCUGUCGUUUUAAGUGCGAAUCCCGAUGCAGAGGAGAAAAGAAACUGGCAGUCAAAAGUCUCGGCGAGAGCUGUGCUUCGAUUGUAGACUGAAACUCUGAACCCUGAAGAGUUCUCUAUUAGCAAAAUCACCGGGAAGGAUUUCGUUAAAAGUUCUGCUUCGAACUUGCCAGAUUAGUCGACGGGAUAAAUACGUAAUAUAGAAUCUCGCAUCAUCUAUCUUUUUUUUUUGUAGAAUUCACAUAUUUUAUAUAUUUUUAAGCGUAAAAACAUUAAUCUUUGCGAAAAAAAUGUCAUUUAUAUCUUGGUUUUUUUAUAAUCGUGAUUAAAUGCAGUAAUUUUACGCGUACAUAAAAUAUGUGGAUAAAAGAAUUGGCGAUGGGAGCCCUAUAUUGGAUAUUUACCGUCGAUAGGCGAUGCUAGGGGAGAGAAGGGAGUGUUUUUUUUUCUUCUUCUUUUUCUUUCGACGGGAAUCACGACGUAGUUCCUCAACGGAGUUCGAUCUCCGUUUCGCGGCGUUGCCGAAGGCCAGAGAACGAUUGCGGAGAUCCGUAAAUAUCCUCGUGAUUAGGACGAGGCAUUCUCUCAGGCCAGACUAUCUUAUAACGGGUCCGGAAAAAGCGACGGAGAAAUCGAAGGCGUCCAUCGGAAACCGGCUAAUGGAGGCAUUGUCUGCGAGAGACGACGAAGCUAAAUGGACGCGCUUCCGGCGGAAAGCGGCGACGUUCAACGUAUCGAGAACGACCAAUGCUUACUUUGAGCGAAUCAUUUUUUUUGUCAACUAAAACUUUAGAAUUUUUAAAAGUAAAAUUAAACGACAAAAACUUGUUUUCAAGUUUGCUGUAAAUUUUAUUUAAAAAUUAUUUAAAAUUUUAUUUAAAAAAAAACUUUAAUUCGCUUGUAAGUUAUUCCCGAUGAUUUUAAUUGUAAAAUAAUUGUUAAAAGUUUAUUAGAAAUAUUUUAGAAUGAGGAUUGAUCGUGAAAUAUUCUUGAUUCGCUUGGACGAUGCGCCGAUUGCCACCGUCGCGUAUCGUUUACACUUGCAUUGCCAUAAAAAAUUCGCCAUAAAGACUAACUGUCGUCCGAUGGUGUAAAUAAAAUGUGUAAAAUGCCGACGGACGAAUUGCAAUUCCGGAUCCUUUUCGGGAGCAUUUCUGACGACACGCUGGACGCGAAUGUAAAUAGAUAAUCGACGUGAAUCACACAACAAGAUGCACUGAGUGCGCGUGUAUACGCGUUUAUGUACGCAGGAACGUAAGUAAAAUAGUGAGUGCCAAACUUCGUACCCUUAGCGAAAGAUCCCAGUGUAAACGAGUUGUAUUUGCAGUUGUAUUUAAGUCGUUGUUCCGCGCGAGCGAGCAGUAUUCCUUUCGUCGAUCGAUGUUUCGAGAUAUGUACUGACGAUUUAAAUUAUUAUUGCUAAUAUAUGUUAGACCGGGAUCUCGUGCGCCGUAACCGAGCCGUCAUAUUUGUAAAAUAUAUAUUAUAUCUUACGUUCCAACCCCUCGAGAUCGUAAUAUUGAUAUAUGGACGUAUUCCCUCGAUAUUUUAAUAUUACUUUAGCAAACGUGGUAUUAACAUAUCGUAUUCUCCCGAUAUUUUAAUAUUACCGAGCAGCGCGCCGUGUUUGGCAUGAGAGUAUUAUGAUUUAAUUCGAUAAGUUUGCUUAUCGAGUUCAGUUACAUGAAAAGAACACUUGCUGAAAUAUCUAACAAUUGUGCCAAAUAUAGAUCUGAAAAUAAUUUUUGUUAGACAAUUAAAAUUCAUCAACAGAGCACUCGAAUUUUUUGCUGCAAUAUGACCUCAUUUUAUUUCAUUCGUCAACCAGAUCGAGUACUUCGAUUGGUGCAUGAAAUCGAUAAAUUUUGAUUGUCCAACAAAAAUUAUUUUCAAAAUUAUUUUCCGUAUCUGGCACAAUUUUUAGACAUUUCAGCGAAAGUGUUCUUUCCGUGUAGAGAGUUUAUUUCUGAAGCGCUGCGCGUUUAAGUUCCAUGCGGCGACGCUUUUCCACUCGCUCAAGAAUUCGCUCGAUUGCGGCGCAGGGCUUUCGCUUGUAAAUAAUCUUGUACAUAAAAAAGAUUAUAGAAACUAAUAAGUAACGGAUAUCGAAUGAAACAAUUCGAGUUCUUUAGCGAUAUAGCUAAAUAAAUUAUAAUACUAUA